UCGAGGUGUUCGCAACAAACAGCAGCAAACUGGAAAAGCACUGCUGAAUUUUCGCAUUAUUCCACACGAGCGUUUACGUAUUUCGCAGUCGUGUAUUUUGUCGAGCACUCGCGUAUUCGCAUAUCCGUGUUUGUUGUUUGCCAGCGCGUGUGUGCCACUGUGUGUGUGCCCUGUGAGUGAGUGUGUCGCUGUGGUGGUGCGAGGGCCACACGCGCAACGAAAGCGAAAGUUUUGUUUGGCGCGCGUGUUGCCAUUGGCGUCUGCGAAUUUGCACACACUCGUCCCCCGUUUCCCACCUAGAAUAGAUUAAAAGCGUGUGAAAACAAAUGGGAAAAAUCUGAGAAAAUUAUAAGAAAAGUAAAAAAGAUAAUGUUCAUUACCCCCGAUGAGGGUGCAUUAAAUUAGGGGAGUUUGAGCGGAGGAAACACGACGACGCAGCAACAUUAUUGCCGCAAAAACCGGUGUGAAUAGACGCUGCCAGAAGAGAAAGACUCGCCAGAAGAUGGCGCCCACCAUAUGUUCGGAGAAGAAGCAGCUGCGCGAAACGAGGCGACAUCAUGGCGUGGCCACAGCCGCCAUAUCAUCCUCCUCGUCCUCAACCGCAGCCACCACAUCCUCGUCCUCAUCCUCAUCCACGGGAUCCACAUCUGCAACCGCAGCCACACAAGCCAGCUCGGUGCUCAACUAUGUGGCCAAGGGUUCGAUGAACUCCUCGAGUCGCCGUCGCCCGGUGAGAAUGCAGCGCAGGAUGCCGCACAUCCUGGCCCGCGUGGCCUCCUUCUCCACGGACACGAGCAGCGGGGUGGAGACGGAGGUGGAGAUGGACUCCGACCAGCGGAUGCAGGGCGACGAGGACAGCUACUCGGAUGCCAGGAUCCAGAUGCUGCAACAGCAGCAACAGCCACAUUCCAGCAGCGACAACAACAUCAAGACAGUAUUACAGCCGACGAUGGCAGGUGGAUAUAGCAGCAAACACAACCGGUCGGCGGGGCAGGCCAAGAACUGUGAUCAGAACGUGGUGCCACUGCAGGUGGUGGUGGACGACGACGACGACGGCGACAGUGGGUACGAGUACAGUCAGGACCCGAUAAAGGAGCAGCACCUGUACCACCAGAACAGCGAGGGCCUUCUUUCCAUUGCCAUCAAGACCAUCAAGCUGGUGCAGCGCAACAAGCUGCUGCAGAAGCGACUGGCCCAGCUGCAGCUGGAGACCUCGGAGUUCAUUGCCUCGGUGCUGGCCAACCCGGAAAACCGCCAAUUCCGGGAGAAAAUCUCGCCCAAGGCCGAGGCCAAGGUCAGCAACAUGCUGCUGCGCCACUAGAAGGGCGCUUUUCUCUUUGAUCUGGAAAAAUCAAAACCAUUCAGCCCCAUUUCUGGACGUGGCAGAGAGGGUUUAGCUUAGAAAAUUUAUUUACUUUCAUCUAUAAUUUUAUUUUAUUUAUUAAUUUACCAAAAUAAGCCAGAUGUAAAAAAAGGAAAACUUACUUGGCAACAUGUUGCUGCAACAUUGCUAAGGCACAUUCAAAUAAUGUUGCCUACUUCUGUGCUGCGUAUGUAAAAUUCAAAUCUACAUAGAAAAUGCAUGUAAAAUGAAUGAAUGAAAAUUAAUUAACAUGAAUUAAACAUUGUUUUUAUUCCCUUUUCAAGUAAAUUUAAUAAAUAUAUUUUCACACGUCCAGGAAACCCAUUUUUGGUGGCUUAGUUUUGAAGAAUUCGUACUGAUUAAAUUUACAACAAAAAUGCAUCAAAGUUUAACAAUAUAAAUUUAUACAACAUAAAAGCGCUAUGCUUACAUUUACAAAAACAAAAAUAUUUAUAUGAAUCCAAAAAGUCCAAAAGUGUAUCUGUAGUCGUUAAGUACAUUCUAUGUUUUACAGUUUCUACACUCAAGAAUUAAUUUAUAAUAAAUAUACCUAAUACAUAUAUCUAGAAACAAAAACCAGGCAUAAUCAAUGGAACCCUACGACGCUUUUCGCUUUAUACAACAAAUAGUUAUAGAGAAAGUUAAUUGACAUGCAAAGCAAUUGAUUUAAACAAAAAAUACGUAAAUGAUUUUCGGUAUUACUAAAUUAGCCGAUAUAUUUCAAAGAGUAUGCCUAAGUAUAUGGAAACUAUCAAAAAGCUAGCAAGCAAUGCAAAUCAAAGCAAAACCAAAUUACAAGCUAACUAGAAGCAAAAAUCUUUCCAAUCCUAAAACUUUUAAUCAACUCAACUUAACUGGCAUUCUCCACAUACUUAAAAGGAUAUCAAAUCAUCAAACUCGCCACAAAAAAGAUUUCAUCAAUAAAAUUAGUGACAAAUUAAA